AAUGUGACCACUUAAUUGUUAGCAGUGCCAUCGAGAAGCCAAUACCGGAUUAGACAGAAGAGACUCAGCAAAGGUAAAGCAGGAUAGCAACUUCCUCAUUUACAAUUCCAUAACGUGCUUGAAAUUUAAAGAGCAACAUUUGCUAGUGUGGGACUCCUGCAAACUAUGAAGGAGCUUAAAGCAGCAGCACCAGCCAAACAAGACAUUUUAAGAGACUAUGUUGCAUUCUAUGGCACGAAGUGGUCGGAAGGAAAACUUCUGAUCUGCAACGAGACAACGAUAAAAGCAAAAGCUAAACACUUCCUGGAGUCUGGUGCCUGCCCUGCUGAGAGAUUUAGCAGGUUUAGCUUCUACAGCAUUGCAGAGAAUUGUUUAAAGAUGAAAAAGCAACAAGGAGGCAAUGUUUUCAAAAACCUCAUACAAGCUUUCGAGUUCCUGGAGCUGCUCUGCAUCAACCUGUUCCUCUCUCCUUGGAGAAAAGAAAUAAAGUCGCUGAAGACGUUUACAGGUAAUUUUGUCUACUGUGUUCAAUCAGUGCUCCCAGAAAACGUAGUAAAAACAAUACUGGAGAAAAUAGGUUACAUUGCAACAACAGCAACAGAGUAUUCACUUGUCAGAAAGAUAAAUGAGGAGGAAACAAAAGAGACUGCAUUUGAAAUAUUUCUUGCAAGAAUCGAGUGUGAAACCAUCCUUGAAAUGAUAAACGAAGUACAACACAGUGAUUUGGGAGAUAUCCUACAGAAGAGAGCACAAAAGCAUUGGUAUCAUGAAGAAAACAAGGAGAGAGAGAGUCAACCCUUCCAGAGAGAGGGCCCUGAAAAUCUGGAAAACAAAGAAAAUAAUGAGAUUUCUUCAUGCCUUGGUGCUCAACAGAAGUCCUCAACAAAGAGUGAGAAAUCCUUUGAAACUGCUGGAAAUAGUAAGAUCAAAGAUGAAUCCCAUUUUAAACCUCCUGCUGAUGUGCCUCAGUUAGCAUCUACUCAAUCCACUAGCAGGCUUCAAGUACACCAGAGGCAAGUGAGUGAGUCAGCACACUCUCCUGGCAAAUGCUCAGAUAGCGAAGACUUCUUGAACAAAUACAGUGACAUUGUCAUAGGACAAAAGCCUAUCUUCAGUGAGAAUUCUUCUCAGAAAGUGUUUGAAGAGAAGCUAAGAGGCGAUCAGCGUGAAGAAUGUGUUUUGGUGAUCUCAACACCGUUGACAGCAAACGAAGCUGGCCCCAAACCACUCUCACCAGGUGCAAGCGGCCCACAAGCCUUUGCAAUAUUUACUGACGCUAUUCCUGAAAGCAGAAAUGCCCUUGAUAAAUACAGAGCCCAAGAGGUCCCUGAAGAAACCAUCGAAGCAAAAAUCAGUGAUGCCAUGAAUUGCAUAGGCACCUCCACAAAUCCUGCAGAUCAACCCCAGGAGCUGAAGCCCCUGUCUCAUGUCAAUACAGUUGUUACAGAAUGUAAUUUAACCAGAGAAGACAAAAUCUGUGAAAUGUCUUUAUCUUUUAGCAAACUAAAAAUCCAGGAAGCCAGUGAUGAAGGGCUUAUGUAUCCAGUAGAGGAAACUGCACAACCUGAGUGUAUAACGAAUGUAAAUACAAGUGAUAAAGACAUCAGAGAAUGGAAUCACUCCAAGAUGAAAUAUAUAUAUCCAGCUAGGAUUCAGACAACAAAUAAAGCACCUUUCAGUGUUGGUCAGUCUUCCUCAAACCUACUUGGUAACGCCACUGGGGGCCCCGAGUGUCCUACCACUGGCUCGGAUAAUAAGAGACUAUUAACAGAUACGCCUGGUACACAUGCAACUUCAGAGGGUUUCAGACACAUCAGAGAGCCACCUAAUCUCACUUACAUCCCUCCCAGAAGUAUUUAUGUUCCACCUUCAGGCCCUAGCGCCACCACUGUGAAUUGUAGGAAGAGCCACUUACAGCCUGAAGGAGGUUCGCUUGAGUCCUCUUCAUCUACAGAAGUGAAUGAAAUUAACCAAGAGGACUAUGUAAUUAUCAGCAAGGAUGGUGAAUAAGGAAUGCCAGGCCCAUAUGAGUCGGAAAAUGCCCUUCACCAUUGGUCUACAACAUACAUGUAUUUCCAGGCUGGUCUUGGUCCUCUCUUGAGCAAAGAUUCGUCAUACCAAAGCACGUGCUGCUUUUGGGUAGUGAAGAAAGGGUCCAUUAGUCUGCUCUAACUAUUUGUCUUCAGUGAUCACACUGAUACUCAGGUGCUCAGACCUGAAUGGUCACCUGUUUUUAAUUUGUGUGUAUUAAAAAUAAGGAUAAAUUCACAAAUGUAUUUGAUAUGAUAUAUAAGUUAGACACCAGGGCCUGCUGUAUUUGGCUUCUGACAGGUUUUUCAAAUACAUAUACUGCCACUUUUUCUCUUUCUCUCUCUAACAAGUAAUUCUUGCAGCAAGGCAGCAAAUUUACCUCAAAGAAUGAAAUAAAGUCUAAAAUGUUAUGCAAUGGGAAAAAUAGAUAAAUGAUUCCAAAUGAAGGUUCACUGUUUAUAGCCUCUCCCAUGCCUCAUUCAAGUUAAAUUUGAAGCUCAUCUCCAGUUGCGCAUAACAUUUCAGUGAAGUUAGCUUUUGAGCUAAUAUUCCUUUUGCUUGUACUCAGUCCUAAGAUUGAUUUAGAAAGUUUGGUAAAAUUCUGUUUGGACGUUCGGGAAAAAAAAAAACGGAGGUAAAACACACUCUGCCAAGACAUUUUCAGAUGUAUUUUUGCGUUAGAAUAAUCCUGUGGGUCUUCUAAAUAUACUUGAUUCUGUACAAUUAUAGGUUUUGAUACUUCCCUCUGUUUGCUACCACCAAAUAAUACCAAAAGAAAAAAAUGUUUUGUCUUAAGCCCCAGUUCUGAAAUUUGACUCUCUCAAACAAACCCUUAUGUCUGUACAAAAUCCUGUUGAACUCAAUGGUGCUUAGUGCAGGAAAAGGGAUGGCUGGCUUGGGGCCUUAAUGAGGACUAGUGCCUUUAACCAAUAUGACAAAAAUUGUUUAUUAAAUGAAGUUAUAACCUUUUGAAAACUACAUGCUUUUCUUGCACUAUACAUUGUUUUCUACUAACUUUUUAGCAAUAUAAUGAAGUUCCAUACUCCAGAUAUACUCUCAUGUACAUAUACACCAAGAUUUUCAAAAAUACAUGCUAAAGUUAAAACCAAAGGUAAGCUCCUAAAUAAGUAGCCUGAGUGCUGACCAGCAACUGACUUCAAUGGGAGUUGGUUUUGGUCACUUAUUCGGGAGCCCUCUGUUGUCAAACUUAAGCAUUUAAAAAUCAUGAUUCAGGCCCAAACGAAUAAUGGAAUUUUUGUGUGUAUAUAUUUCAGUUUCUUGCCUUGUCUUCUGGGUUUUGAUUCUUUAGGGUUCACAUUUUCAUUUUUUUCUCCAUGAGGGCUAGAAACACACUUUAACCCCCCACCCCCACCCCCAAAGGACAAGACAGAAAGUUGAGAUUCUUACUUAACCACAUGACUUCAGGGGCUGCGGAUUUAAGAAAAACACCAACUAUUGGGAAUAUUGCAACAAAAUAACAAGAAUUGGCAACUCUGUGAGACUAACUUUCAGUUCCUUAUAUGGAAAAUCUUGGCUAUUAAGUGUAAAUACAAACAUGUGCCUGAAGCAGUAUGCAAAUAUUACAUUUAUUUGUAUUGUUGUUCAUUUAGAUAACAUGCAAUAUCAGAUAAGAGCAUGUGUAACAGUACAUUUGACUGCUGAAAGUAUCUUUUUUCCAAAAUAGUGCUUAGUAUAAAGCAGAAUAAAAAAAGUGUAUUCUAAUGCUAAGCUCAAUAUAUUUUUCAGAAAUCUUAAGCAAUCUCCUUAGUAAAAGGUAUUAUAACUUAGAUAUUUCCAAUACCAAUUCUUUCCUAGAGUUGCUUAUUUGUAUAUAGAGAAAUAGUUGCUGAUCAUUUCUUCAAGUUCUUUAUAAUGUCACCAUCUGGAUUGUAAAACGGUAGUUCUGUGCCAAGAGAAAAAGAAAAACAGGAUUCUUACGGGGUGAAAGAAAGAGUGGGGCUAUCAGGAAAGCUGAAGAACUCACACAGGGAAAGCUCUGUACUUUGAAAAAGUCACUGGAGAAUCCCUGCAAUGAAGCUCUUAGAAGUCUUAACAGUAGCGGGUGUAAAACCCUGACUCCAUUGAAGUCAAUGGCAGGAUUGCACCUAAGGUUUGAGGGAAGUUUACGUUACACACACGAGCAGAUAUUCCUGUGUGCAUAUAUGUCUUCCAAGUCCACAUUCAUGUUCUUGCUAAACUUUGUUUCGUUUAUUGUGUUUUUAUAAGAUGCAAUUCCCCCCUCACCCCCCAUUGGGGAUUAUUAAAGUUCCUCU